ACGCAGCGUUUGUGGGUUUUGAUCGUUAUUUUAAAAUAUGUAAGGACAAGACGUUCUAUUUUCUCGUACAGUGUGUAUGUUUGUUUUCGAGUGUCUAGUUGUGUAAUGAUAAACGAGUAUAGCGCGUUAGCUAGUUCUCAAUGUUCACGUAUGGUUUAGACUAGAAAGAAAUGUGUGGUCAGAAAGUUGAACACAUGGGAGGAGCUGUAAGUUUUUUGGUUUGGUUAUGGUUCGUAUUUUGCUAGGAAAUACGUUUUUUCGCGUUAUCUGCGUCGGAAUUUUGAGGGUUUGUGCGUUGCGGGGGUUGUUAGGGGUUUCUGGGGCGAUUUAGAUGUGCGAGGGAUAGUGUCUGUGUGUUGGGUGCGAUGGGUGUAAAAGGUUUUCAGGAUCUGGGAUAGUGCGGUUUUUGUCUGGUCUACAGUUGAUAGUGGUUUGUUGACGUGCAACAUAGGGUUACGUUUGAGCACUCGGUAUUGUGAUAUUUUUAUUGUCGUGCUUGCGCAGCGUAUGCAUGUUGUUCGUGUUAUGUUGCAUCAUUGUUUAACAGGUCUGGUGUGUGGCUGCUUUCUCGUGGUUAUGUAUGUGUCUUCGAUUGGUUGUUGCCGGAUUGUGAAGGUUUGUAGUUUGUUAAUUUUUUUGUAGGAGCGGUUGAUUGCAGAGUCGACUGGACGAGUGGUCUCAGGCCCGUUAUCAGUGACGGAGGGUGAUAAUGUAACUUUACGGGUACCGGGUUCGAAGACGGUGGAUAGUAGUGACGUUCGGGUUUUUCUGAAUGAUGUUGUUGUGCCUUCUGAUCACGAUCGUAUAUCUGUGGAGAAGGAUGGUAGUACGGAUAAUUAUGUGGUCAUUAAUGAUAUUGGUAUCAACGACGGUGGUCGCUAUACAGUGGAAUUUGGUGGUAAUGUGGUACCUUUAUCAGUGAUCGAAGUUGUGCCUGCAGAAACGGGUUCGGUUUUGGAAGAGGUAACGUUGGACAAGCCACAGGUGGUUAUGGAAGAGGAGUCAGUUGGAAGCGCUGGCGUUUCGCUUGUAGAGCUGGAGGAGGAUAAAGAUGUAGGAGAAUCGGUCGAGCAUGAGUUACCGGUUCACGAAGUUAUGGAAGGAGAUACUGUGAACUUAACAAUUGAACGUCCGGAGUCAUCUCAAGUCACUUUAUACAGAAAUGGUGAGAAAAUUGAGCCAAGUUCGAGACUAGAUUUGAAGCCGAAAUCAACAACGUCGACAGAAAUUACAAUUAAAAAUAUCAUCCCAAAUGAUGAGGGAACAUACACUGUAUCCUUCGAUAAUCUCAAUAAAAAAACUAAAUUGAUGUUCCUUAAGGUGGUAUCCAAACCAAUGCUUUACGAUGUUUUGUCUUUGCCAAAAGACAUAUUUGAGGAAGGCGAAGUUUUACAAUUAGAAUGCACGUUUGAUAAACCGCAACAAGAUUUAAUUUGGUUGAAAGAUGGAGAUGAACUAAAAGACGAUGAUAAUACCACAAUCGAAAACAACGAACAAACAUACACACUCACCAUACGAAAUCUCAAACCACAUGUAAACGAGGGAGUAUACACCUUAAAAGGGCCGCAUAUUCAGCUUCAAACCCCGUUUGUUUACGUCCAAACUAAGAAACCUGAACAAAACCAAAUCCUGCAAAAACAUCAAGAAAUCAAUGCCGAACUUGACGUGUCCAAAUCUGAACCUUCAAACGAAACAGUCUCUCCGCAACCCCCACAACCAGAGAACGAACCAACACCUCAGCAAGUCUCUGAAAUAGGGCCAACUGGACCAUCUUCCGAAAUACCGGAUCAAACUCCACUCUCUCAAAUGCCAAGCCAAGCAGCACAAUUCGUUCAACAACCGAAGGCCAACAAGACCAAUAUUCUUGAAGGAGAACAGUUAGUGUUAGAGUGCGAAUUAGAUCAAAAACCGAAUACAGUUCAGCUAAAGAAGAAUGGUGAAAUCGUCGAUGAACAACGAGUGAAAGACGAUAGCAAAGACAAAAAGAUUCGAUUUACACUGGAUAAUGUUAAAGUGAACGAAUCUGGUGAUUACACAGUUGUGGUCAAUAAUGAUCUGGAAAGUAAACCUGUCUCAAUUACAGUCAACGUAGAUAUUCCAAAGUUCGUUAAAAAUUUAAAGGUGAACAAGAAUCAAUUAGAGGAACUAGAAACUAUCAUCUUCGAGUGUGAACUCAAUAAACCGUACGACACUGUUAUCUGGUUAAAAGAUAAUGUGCCUAUUGAGUCCAAUGAAAACGUUCAAAUUACACAAGAUAAAUCUAAAUUGAAAUUGACGGUGAAAAAUGCGAAACCCCAACAGGAUACCGAAGCAGCUCAAAUUUGUCCAACAACCGAAGGCCAACAAGACCAAUAUUCUUGA